AAGGGAUAGCUUUCCCCCCCCUCCAGCUUCUCCUUUCUCUUGGCUCGUGGACCCUUUCCAGCCGCAGUGCAUGAUGGGAUCGUGGGCUCCGCUGUGGUUGGGCUGCUGGCAUUAAGGGGUGAUGUCCGAAGUACCUAAGCAUGUGGAAGUGGGGAGCUCUGAGGACAUUGGCUUUGAGGAGGAGGAUGGGACUUCGACUGGUGUUUCAGCCAUGCAGGAGGAGGAGGAGGAAUCAGAAGCAACCUCAGUAUCUUCUGGAGACAGUAGCCCCCCAACCCCAUCUGCCAAUGGCUAUCCAGGUCCCCAGAGCAAAGAACCAAAACAAGCAACUGCUGGGGAACAGGUGGAUGAUGGUGGAGAGGUGGGGCAGGAUCGUCUCAGCUCUUCCCAGGCUCCUAGCCCUGAAUGGCACGAAUGCCCUGAAUGUGGGCGUGGCUUUGGCACAUCUCGGGCCCUGAAGGUGCACCGUAGCUACCACGUGGGGCGCAAAAGGCCACACAGUGGUUCCUCUUCGACCAAGCCACCCCCACCCCCACUGAUCUUGCCGGGGAAUCCUGACAGCCAGGAAGGGCGGACGGCCCCGACUUCUGGCCGGGGCAGAGCUUUUCACUACAUCUGUGCCGAGUGUGGUCUGGGCUUUGCCUCUCCUGCCACACUGGAGGGCCAUCGCUGUGAACAUAGCUGGCGCAGAAGCCCUCCAGCCCCUCCUCGUAAUAAGCUUCCUCCCUCUCCUGCUCCCAGGGAGGCUAACGGGGACCAGGACACAGAUGGGGCUGAUGGACCAUACCACUGCACUGAGUGCCCAGGCGAGUUUGGCUUGGUAUCCGAACUUCAUGAGCACUACAUGCUCCACGCUCGCGGAGAGCUGUAGAUCGAUUUUCUGCCCGUUUCCCCAGCCCAUUUCCACUUCCUUGUUGUCAUAGGUGGCCCCUGCUAAGGGAUCUGUCCUGCUAGGAUACUGAAAAGUGAAACCUUUAUCUUAGUUCCUUAAAAAAAACCAUUUCUUUCUAUAUAUCUGAAAUGAAUUUAGCUUUGGAAUGGGGAAAGACAUGAUCUUGAGAGCAAUCACUUUUGUAUCCUGCCUCUCUGGAGUGAGUGCAGUGACUUCAGAAAAACCCAGCUCACCUGCAGGAAGAGAGGUUCUCCCUUCCCCCUGCCCUUAAAGAAAUAAUCUGGAUCUGAUGGUCCUUAAAAAAAUUUUCCCCAAAGGAGCUCCUUUUAAUGAAUUUUUGCAACAGAAGCACUAGCAGGAUGGUGCUCUGCAGCUCAGUUUCAUUAAUGGAACCAGGAUUGUCUUACACCAGACCCAUCCCAAAUUGAGGGGCGCGAUAAGAAGUGAUGGAUUGGCAUCGCUUGUCCUGUGUGCAAGAUCCUGCAUUCCCAGACAGUUCCUUUCUCAGUCAGGGUCCCGUUUCCAUUGUCGUCAUAUUGGCAUCUGGGUGGUCCAUGCUGAACUGAAGCUGUAUUCUGUUUGUGCGUGUGUGUGCGUGCGUGUGUGGCUUUUAAGAAAGCAGCUCCUGGAGAUGGCACCUAAUCCGCACAAAUCAUGAAUAUUAACAAUAUCUCUUCACAGUAGCUGGGAGAUGUGGUUUAAUAAAAAUGAUUCUGUAUGUGUGA